GAAACCAAACUUCCUUGCAGCAAAGGAUUCUGUUUUCCUGCUUCGGGGCAGUUUGCUGGGCUCCGUCAUCAAGGGAAGAGCAGCCAGAGGUUGGAAGAAGAGUCCCUGGGAAUACAGACUCCAAUCUUGCAGGGAUUCCUUGGGGAGUGGGGGAUGCAAUUUUUUCUUUUUUGCUCUCUGGGAUUUGCUUGGGCGGCAAAGAGCUGAAGCCCAAGGCCCUCUCGGACCCCUUCUGAAAUUCAGGUGGCACUGAGGUCAGAACUGAGGUCUCUGGGUGCUUCUUAUGCAGGUCCCAGCUUCUUCUCACCGCCGUGCUCCAGAAGGCUGAAGGGACGGGACAGCCUUUAAAAGGGGCAAUUUUUUUUGUGGGGGAGAGACUUCCAAGACAACUCGAUCGGCGUAGAAGACACUGCUUACGUCGAGCCUUUGCCAGCUGGGAGUUUCGGAAAGAAUGCGCCUCUUGGACGUUCGACUCUACGCCAGCCUGGUCCUACUCAAAGGGGAGGAAGGCGGAUAAAGCGCUCCCCGAGGGAAGACAAGCAAUCUGGACGCCUGGUUCUUGCCUUUGGCUUCGGAUGGAGUUGUCCUGUCUCCUUUGUGGCUCUUUGUGCAGCCAAGACCUUCCCAGCAGCUGACUUUUGAGAAUGAAUGGGGAUGUACUCUAGUCAUACCUAACGUGAACGCACCUGCCUUCCACCGACGACGGGCGCAAAUUCAAUGUACUGCAGCUGAUUGAGAAGUGUGGGGACGCUUGGAUCUUCUACUAAGAGUGGCGGCCGGCUGCUGGGUGACCCUCAGAUAUGACAGUCCAGAAACUGGUCGCCACAGCCGUGUUGGUCGCUCUGGUCUCCCUCAUUCUCAACAACGCGGCUGCUUUUACUCCCAACUGGGUGUACCAGACCUUGGAGGAUGGGCGUAAACGCAGCGUGGGGCUGUGGAAGAUGUGCUGGCUGGCGGAGAAGGGGAAAGGAGGUGCGGGCGCAGGUGCCAAGCAUGGGCAAGGGGUGGAGCAGCACGAAUGUGAAGCCUUGGGCUGGGGGUCAGAGCCAGCUGGUUUCCAGGAAUCCCGAAAUACUGUCAAACUGCAAUUCGAUAUGAUGCGUGCCUGCAAUCUGAUUGCCACCGUCGCCUUGACAGCCGGGCAGCUCCUCUUCGUGUUGGGAUUGGUAGAACUGCCCAUCAUUUCCCAGGAUACCCAAUGGUGGGAAGAAGCCAUCGCUGCCGUCUUCCAGCUUGCCAGUUUUGUUCUGGUCAUCGGCCUGGUGACUUUCUACCGUAUUGGACCCUACACCAGCCUGUCCUGGUCUUGCUACCUGAACAUUGGGGCAUGUCUCUUAGCCACAUUGGCUGCAGCCAUCCUUAUAUGGAACAUCCUUCAUCGGCGGGAGGACUGCAUGGCCCCCAGAGUCAUCGUGAUCAGCCGCACGCUGACCGCUCGCUUCCGGCGAGGGCUGGAGAAUGACUACGUGGAGUCCCCGUGCUGAGAAUACGGAGACGGAAUGAGGGAGAUACAACCACACAGGCAGAUUUUUAAAAAACCAAAGAAAACCCCACCAAAAACUGACUGCUUCCUUAUACAUAGGCGAUGUAAUUUAAAACCACAAAUUUCACUCUUUGCUUAAGAGAAGCCCGUCAUUACGGGGAGUCCUCAAUUUACGACCAAAACUGAGCCCCAAAUUUCCGUGGUUAAGAGAGACACGUGCUAAGUGAGCUGUGGCCCAUUUUACGACAUUUGUUUAAAGUGGGUAACUUGGUUAUGAAGUGAAUCUGGCUUCCCUCGUCGACUUUUGCUUGUCGCGAAAGGGGUUCCCGUGAUCUUGGAACAAAGCGACGGUCAUAAAUACGAAGCAGUUGCCGAGCCCCUGAAUUUUGAUCGCGGGAUCACGGGGGGACACUGCAAAGGUCGUAAGGGUGAAAAAACGGCCCUAAGCCACAUGUUUUUCACUUUGAAUGAUCACAAAAAGAACUGUUGUAAGUUGAGGACUAGCUGUAUUACUUAGAUGGGCCAUAUUUGUCUGUGUCUGUCUGUCUGUCUGUCUGUCUGUCUGUCUAACUCAGAGAUCUUCAAACUUGGCAGCUUUAAGACUUGUGGACUUCAACUCCCAGAAUUCUCCAGCCAUAGCUAUGGCUGGAGAAUUCUGGGAGGUUGAAGUCCACAAGUCUUAAAGCUGCCAAGUUUGAAGACCUCUGAUCUAACUCGCUACAUUAUGCAAUGCUUUUCUUGAUCUCAAUGUACAGAGUAAGAUAUAACAGCUCAACCAUCUUGAUGGAUUUUUAGCCAAAAAAAAAAAAAAAAGAAGAGUGUGGAGCUAUACUCUGAUGGAUUUUGUGAGAAUCUGGCAACGGGAAAAGGCAACCCCCUUCUUUCAAUGUUUAAGUUGUUUCCGUGCGAAAGCAACCAACAGAUUCGAGGGCUCAGUUACAGAAAUGUUCCUUCGUUGGAACCAGCUGUAAGAGCGGUCUGAAAGAAAAAAUGACAGCUGUUCUCUCUUUUUGUCCAUUUGGUACAAUUGGAAGUUUUUUUAAAAAAUAUAUAAUAUCGGCAAAUACCACCUCUAGCUGGUCCCAGAGUGGGGUGGGAAUGGGGAUUUUGCAGCAUUGUUCCCCUGGAGUGGGGAGGGAAUGGAGAUUUUGCUAUAUCCUUCCCCCAGGAGUGGGGUGGGAAUGGAGAUUUUGCAAUAUCCUUCCCCCAGGAUUCGGGUGGGAAUGGAGAUUUUGCAAUAUCCUUCCCCCAGGAGUCGGGUGGGAAUGGAGAUUUUGCAAUAUCCUUUCCCCAGGAGUGGGGAUUUUGCAGUAUCCUUUCCCUGCCAUGCCCAUCAAGCCACGCCCAAAGAACUGAUAGUAAAAAAAAUUGAAUUUCACCACUGAUAUACAAGCAAAAUUUGAGAGGCAUAGAAUCUGGCCAGAACAAUUAUUCUCGCUUUGAUGGAAGUGUUCCAAAAUUAAAGACAACCAGAGAUAAUUGUACUGUUUGGGAAAGCUUGGCAGAAAUUUCUUUUAACAGGGCAUGAAAUAUUUAAGAUUUCAGGCUUAUUAGUCUUUAAAGCCAAUUUUGUAGAAACAUUUCCAUGCCGCUUAACUCUUGAUAAAGAGGCUCAUUCUAAAGCUGCCAUCCUUCAUCAUAUCUGCAUUACCCACAUCAGGAAGAGUCGGCUUUUCUCUUUCCAUCAUCUUUCCAUCAUUAGCAAUGAUUUAAAUCAAAAAUUGAUGGCUGGGCAUUUUUUCAGAUUUGGUGCUAAAUUGUAGCAUUUUUUUUUUGGCCUGAGUGCUGAAGCCAAAAUAGAAUAGAAUAGAAUAACAGAGUUGGAAGGGACCUUGGAGGUCUUCUAGUCCAACCCCCUGCUUAGGCAGGAAAUAGAGAUACAGGUAGUCCUUGAUUUACGACCACAAUUGAGCCCGACAUUUCUGUUCUUAAGCGAUACAUGUGUCGAGUGAGUUUUGCCCCAUUCGAUGACCUUUCUUGCCAUAGUUGUUAAGCGAAUCCCUGCAGUUGAUAAAUUAGUAACCCGGUUGUUAAGUGAAUCCGGCUUUGUCAGAAGGUCGCAAAAGGGAAUCAUGUGACCUUGGGGCACAACAACCGUCAUAAAUAGGAGCCAGUUGUGAAGCAUCUGAAUUUUGAUCACACGAUCAUGGGGAAAUGCUGCAAAGGUCGUAAGUGUGAAAAAUGGUCGCAAGUCCCAUUUUGCAGUGCCGUUGUAACUUUGAACAGUCACUAAACAAACUGUCGUAAGUCGAGGACUACCUGUGCUGAAAUCUAAAAUCAAACCAGGGCCGCUUCAGAAAAUGCUUCAGUGAGGUGGGAAGACCAGCUUACUAAAUUUAUGGGAGGCAAGAAUUUAUUCCUUCUUGAUCGAAUGGGGGGGAAAAAAAUCCAUCAGAAAUGGCUGUCAGACGAAUAGAUCCCUGAUACACACAAAUAUAUUAGGUAUAACGUUUGAUAGAACGUUUAGCAAAAUAUUUAACCAGUGACGAAGGAUACUAUAGAGAUAAUGACGGAGGGGGAAAAAACAGAUUGGAUGAUGAGGCUGUUGACCUAAAAUAUUUAAUGUCUCUUUCUUAGAGACGUUUGUAAUAUAACCGCUUCAAAACUUUGCUUUAGCUUUCUGCUUUCCAUCCUUUUUUUUUUCUUCAGAAAAGGAAUAAUGAAGCUAGCUCUUCAGCUUCAUAGUAUGACUUAAUAGGAUGCCGAAUAAAAGACAGAAACAGGUAUAUCACUCAGUACCGAAGCCUUAAUAAACAACUUAACCUAAGCGAAACAAAUGGGAAAGUUUAAAUUGUAUAUGCCCGCUUGAGGUUCUGGAGGAAUUAUUUCUAUUCUGGAUGUAACAACUGAUUUCUUUAAAACAAUCGUGGGUAGCAUUUUUCCUCCUUAGGUUACCCAACUGUUUAGAGGACCAAAAACCUGCUAUUAGAGAAAAAAAGUAAUAUAAGAAUAUUGUGCAACAUUUACGAAGUAUUUUGACGUCUUUAGCACUAUGUGUUGUAAAGUAUACCUAGAAGAUAAUAGAUGUGGACAAUUAUGAUUGAAAUUAGUAAAACAGCGACCAAUAUAAUCCUUUGGGCACCUUAAUGUUGUUAUAAAUUACUUUACCUACAUGUAUAGUCUACUUCCCAGUAAGUUCUGUCCUAUAAAAUAUGCAAAUUGGGAUGAGAAAAUUCACAUUGUAGUAACAGUCAGGGUGGGCUGCUGGGGGUUCGCAGGGGUUCGGGAGAACCUCUAGCUAAGAUUCUGUGCAGUUCGGAGAACCCCCAAAUCCCACUCCUGGCUGGCUCCGCCCACCCCGCCCCUCCCAGGAGUCCCCAUGCGGCCUGUUUUGGAUGCAGGUAAGUGCAGGGUGCGCGUGGAGGCUUGGGAGGGUGAAAAACAGGCCUACCAGAAGUUUGGGAAGGCCGGAAACGGGCCUGUUUCCGGCCUCCAGAGCCUGGGAAGACCGUUUUCAUCCUCCCAGAGGCUCAAGAAAAGCCUCCAGAGCCCGGGGAGGGCAAAAAUGCCCCCCCCCCGUGCAGGAGGCCGACUAGGCCACGCCUACCAUGGCCACGCCCACCCAGCAACCGGACAGAGAACCCCUUGCUAAAAUUUUUGAAGCCCACCCCUGAGUACAGUUAUGUUCCAGAGUUUACAUCUCACUUCAAAGCAGGCUUGGAGUCUUUCUUAGAUUUUGAAAGCUGCCUUGCUGGGACUAAACAGACCCAUUCAAUCAAAAAUUGGGUUUCACUUCAGCUUGCCUGCCUGCUUCCUAGGAAAAUUCUAUAGCGUAAAAAUGUGCUCUACCUAACUGCCAUUUACCAAAAGAUUUUAAAUACUAGAAUAUUGAAGAUGUAUCAUUUCUGCUAAUAUUGCAAUAACCAUCAUUAUAAUGUGAAAUUAAAAACAAAUGGUUCUGCCUAUGA